UAGCACUAGCACGAUGAAACAGAGGCUGAGCUCCUUUUUCCUCUAACAUGUUGCACAGGAAUCGAUGAAUGAUUCCUCUCAUUCAGAACUCGGAAGAGAAACCCAGCUCCAAUGCUUCCCUCCGAUCACAUCCACUUUCCCCUCCUCCUCCCACUGCCUAUUUGCUGCCGCGAUUGAAGAUGCAGAAGAUGACCAAGCUAGCGGCAAUUGUGGCCGCCGCCGCUUUGCUUCUCGCUGUUCUCGGUGGUGCGGCCGCGGCGCCGGCGCCGGCCAUGACGCUGGAGCGCAGGCCGUCGCUGAAAGGGCUGGGCGUGGAGGAGCUCAGCGAGCUCGACAGAAAGAGGUUUGCCGCGAAGAAGCAACAGGGCGUGACGGGGUUUGUCCUGGAAGCCAUGCCCGGGCUGUAUUGUAUUACUGUGAAAUUGGGAAACCCAUCGAGGCACUAUUAUCUCGCAUUUCACACUGGGAGCGACGUGAUGUGGGUUCCCUGCAGCUCUUGUACUGAUUGCCCAACGCCAGAUGACAUCGGUGUGAGUCCAUCACUCUCCAAUCCUUAUUCCAUCUAUUUCUCAUUGGACUUGUACGACCCCAAAAAUUCAUCAACAUCGUCCGAAAUAUCAUGCUCUGAUGAUAGGUGUGCAGACGCCCUCAAAACAGGGCAUGCGAUCUGUCACACCUCACACUCCUCAGGCGACCAGUGUGGUUACAAUCAGAUUUAUGCUGAUGGAGUAUUGGCCACAACAGGGUACUAUGUGUCCGAUGAUAUCCAUUUCGACAUUUUCAUGGGAAAUGAGAGCUUCGCAAGUUCUUCUGCCUCGGUCAUUUUCGGCUGUAGUAAGUCGCGGUCAGGACACCUGCAGGCAGACGGGGUUAUUGGUUUUGGAAAGGACGCACCAUCACUUAUCUCACAACUGAACUCUCAAGGUGUGUCACAUGCGUUCUCUCGUUGCCUGGAUGAUUCGGAUGACGGUGGUGGCGUUCUUAUUCUCGAUGAAGUUGGGGAGCCUGGACUUGAAUUUACUUCACUUGUUGCCUCACGAUACAUGACGCUGUCCCGUAUUCCAUACACACUUUUAUCCACAUGGGAUCCCGAUGUUUUAUUUUUGCCAACAGGUUUUCUUUGCCUGACAGGAAGGAAAAUUAAUGGUUAAUGUCUUUUAAACUGUUAAGUUACUUGAAAAAGAUAUUAUUUAUUUACUUCUCAACUAGGUCGUUCUCGUCAUUUCCAACGGUGACUAUAUUUUGAGGGUGGUGCCGCAAUGAAAGUGGGGCCAGAGAACUAUCUUUUGCGCCGAGGUUCUUAUGAUAAUGAUAGCUAUAUGUGCAUUGCAUUUCAAAGAAGCGAGGGGGAUUACAAGCAAACCACUAUACUCGGAGAUCUUAUUUUACAUGACAAGAUAUUUGUGUACAACUUGAAGAAGAUGCAAAUCGGUUGGGUCAACUAUAAUUGUUCGCUGCUCAGUACAACCACAGCGUUUGCUGUCAGUGGGUCUUCAUCAUACUGCAGCAGCUUAAUAGUUAGUAUUUGGGUUGCAGUGGUCAGUACUAGCAUCAUGGCUCGACGACACUUCGAUGGUUAUUAUUGAUUUUGGGGUUGACAAUGUUGGGAAUGCUAACAACAAUGGAGACCACGACAUGUCAAAUUCAGUUUGGGUGCAGCCUUCAGAGCCAUGUAGUCUAGAAAAGGCAGGGCGAAAUGGCUACCUCGUUAUAGUUAGAGUCUAGCAAUAGAAUUCGAAAUGCAGCAGCUUGUUGUUACUCAUGAGAGCGAGUAAAAAGGAUUGUAAGCCAUAUCCAGAGUUGCAGUGAUGCUUUGGCUAUCUUUCUGCCUUACCGUUUCUGUUCAUAUUUAAGCGUGAGAGAACCCAACAAUUCACCGUUUCUUACUCUGUUAUGUACUUGAUGUCAAGGUUGUUAACUUCUUGGGCUGGUACACAGAAGAAAUGUUUUUGAAGCAAUGAAAGCCAGAGGGGCAAAGCUACUUCAGUUGA